AUGACCGCGAUCAAAACCCAGUUGAUCGUCUUCGACUUUGACUGGUCAAUGGCAGAUCAAGACACCGAUCGCUGGGUAUUCGAAGUCUUGGCGCCUGAUAUCCGCAGAAAGAUGAAAACGCUCCAACAAAGCGUUCAAUGGACCGAUCUCAUAGCACAGUCGUUGCAGGAAAUUCAUGCACGCGGCAGGACGCGUGAGGAGAUCGAACAUACCCUCCGUCAAAUGCCGUUCCACCCCGCCAUGGUACGCGGUAUCACCAACCUCAAGGGAGCGUCCAACCCCACCACCACAUUAUUUUGCCUCUCUAACGCUAACUCUGUUUUCAUCAACACUAUUCUCGAGUCCAAAGGGCUGCAAAACCUGUUUGAAGAAAUCGUGACUAACCCAGCAGAGUUUGAUCCUUCGGGUUUGCUCAAGCUCCGUCGUAGAGUCGACCCCGACGGGCCUCAGCACAGCUGUGCAGUCGGAUGCAGCCCCAACAUGUGUAAAGGUGAAGAGCUCGCUGCGUUUUUGAAGCGCCACAAGCCUGGCUACGACCGUAUCGUCUAUGUUGGAGAUGGGUCUAAUGACUUUUGUCCUAUCCUCAGACUGCGAAGCCAGGAUCUAGUGCUCUGCCGGCGGUUCCGUGGCCUCGAGGGCCGCAUUUCUCGAGAAGGCGGUCAUCAGUGUCAAGUCAAGUACUGGGCGGGCGCUUGGGAGGUCGAAGAGAUCUUUAAUCAAUUUAUAGAGAAGAACUGA